AUGCGCAUUAAGGAACAACCUUUUGUCGCCACGUGAAGGGAGAGGGGUAGGUAAGUUUCGCUUAGCAUGUACAGUAGUCCUCUUACGAGACGCCCCCAGGCCUGCACGAGGCCUCAGAUGAUAUUUGACAAUUCAGUGUUCGUAUCUGUCCGUGAAGGAUGCAGAUCUUCGUCAAGACCCUCACGGGCAAGACCAUCACUCUAGAGGUCGAGGCUAGUGAUACGAUAGAGAAUGUCAAGGCCAAGAUCCAGGACAAAGAAGGUAUCCCUCCGGACCAGCAGAGGUUGAUAUUUGCUGGUAAACAGCUGGAAGAUGGCCGCACACUGAGUGACUACAACAUUCAGAAGGAGUCCACUCUCCACCUUGUGCUGCGUUUGCGGGGUGGCGGUAAGAAGAGGAAGAAGAAGAACUACACGACUCCCAAGAAAAUAAAGCACAAAAAGAAGAAGGUGAAGCUAGCAGUGUUAAAAUACUACAAGGUCGACGACACAGGGAAGAUACAGCGACUGAGAAGAGAGUGCCCGGGUCCCGAGUGUGGCGCUGGCAUCUUCAUGGCUGCACAUUUUGACCGACAGUACUGCGGCAAGUGCGGACUGACCUACGUCUUCAAGAAAGAUGAUAAAUGAUGUGUGUCAUAGCUAUUGUAUUAUUGCUCUGUAAAAUUUCUUUUAUGACAUUUGAACAUAGGGAA